AUGGGUAACACUCAGACCAAAGAGACGCGACCGUCUCCCUCACAGUCAACAAGGCGAAACCAUCAAUGGGGAUCGAGCGAGAGCCAUCGAAGGUCCCCAUAUAGUGAUCGACACCACUCGGCGGGCUCACGGUCGAAUCGAGGCAGUAGGCCGGAUCUCUCGAUUCUCGGAAUUGGCGGAAGUUCAGAUCGUGAUGUGGCGACGCUGGAGCAUCGCCGGGAAACAAAACAGGAGCGGGAAGCUCGUCGGCUCGAGAAGGAACGGACGGCUCGGAUUAAGGAACGAGAGCGAAGUAUGAAAGAGGAGCAUGUUGACGGGGGUUAUUUGGUCACACAGGGGGUGUAUACAGGAACCGAGGACUUUAACAAGCCGGUCGUUCGACAAUUAAUGAUCGAAAGGCGACUUGCUCCAUUCUGGAGGGGUCUGAACGACUUUUCAGAUUCAUGGACAGAGCAUCAGCUCAUGGCCGCAGCGCGAGGCUUGCCCAUUCCUCCACCCGACGAAAUCCCUCCGGAGUUGGAAUACAAAAAUCCACCCAAGGUUACCGAUGAAACAAGGGAGACGUCUGCCAUCCAGCAUUUGACAGUUCCGAUAGCCUCUCGAUCACCAUCCUACGGUUCCGAUGCUUCGCACUCCUCCACCCCAGCUCUUUCAUUGCCCUCCCAAACAUCCCCCAUAGCCUCAGGCACUUCCAGCUCCCCAUUGUUCCGGUCUCGGGCCAAGACCCUUGCGUCAUUGACCUCCAGGCACAAUUCCCAAAAUGAUUCACUACCUAAAGAAAUUCAACUUCCUCGCGACCCGUUUGUUAACGGCCAGCCCAUUGAGGCCUAUCUUUACAAGGAUGCGGCUGAAUGUCCCAUCUGUUUCCUUUACUACCCUCCAUAUCUUAACCGCACUAGGUGCUGUGACCAACCCAUUUGCUCUGAAUGCUUUGUCCAAAUCAAACGGCCCGAUCCUCAUCCUCCGGAGCAUGGAGAGGCAGACUCAAACGCGCCAGCGCCAGCCGGUGAACCCGAGCGCCCCGAAAACCAGGAUGGCCAGCUUGUAUCGGAACCUUCUGCCUGCCCGUUUUGCGUUCAACCCGAAUUUGGCGUAACAUAUGCUCCUCCUCCUUUCCGCAGAGGGAUGGCCUACGCAUCCGAUCCGAGCGGCCGCCCAACGCUCGCAACGCCUGUGUCAUCUACAUCGUCACUUUCGUCUGCUGGCCCGCCUGCGACUGGUCGUCGACGCGCGACAUCACUAUCCGCCACCGACCCUACUGUCAUUACUACCGACAGGGUUCGCCCAGACUGGGCUCAGAAACUUGCCAAUGCUCGUGCCCAUGCUGCACGAAGAUCUGCGGCGGCGACUGCUCUUCAUACCGCGGCAUAUCUCAUGAACUCGAAUGGAUCCGGAAAUGAUUCCAGAAACUUUAGCCUCGGCAGGCGAGGUGUGAUGCGACGGACCGGCACGCAAGACAGUCCAGGAUGGGGUGGCUCGCCCGCCUUACAGGCUCUUGCAUUUUUGACCGACAGGCGUGCCGCGGGCCAUGAAGCGGACUCUCCAGAAGAAGGGACGGGGAAUUUGGCUCCGCCGCGGAGCAGCUCGAGGAGGAAUCGCAUGGAUGACUUAGAGGAUAUGAUGGUGAUGGAAGCCAUCCGGCUAAGCCUUGCGAGCGAAGAGGAGAGGCGCAAGAAGGAGGAGAAGGAGAUUAGGAAAGAGUCAAAGAAACGAGAAAAGGAAGCCAAGAAGGUUGAAAAGGCGGCGCGCAAGGCUGGUCUCUAUAGUAACAAUCCGAGCAGCUCCGCUUUGGCCUCACCUUCGGAUGGUAGGCUAGGAAAGGUUCCUAGCAGCUCUUCUUCGGUCGUUACGGAAGACACAGCACCUACGGGCAAAGGAAAGGAAGUUGAGCGGACGUCUCCCUCCGCCGAAGACGCCGACCAUCCCGAUUCUGCCGCCGUCGACACGACACCCAGUCCUUUGGUGGCGGAGCAACAUCCGCAACCGUCAUCUUCUCUGUCUCCGUCGAAACCCUCUCAUCUGCGUCAGGUUUCCAGCGCCUCGUCGUCAUUCUCGUCGCUUGUUGAAUCGAUGACGGAAGACCACGCGGGGCCAAAUGGCGAGGGAACCAGCUCCUCCACGGAGCCAUUGUUUAACUUUCGCAGUUUAGCCGCUGUCAUUGGCGACGAUGAGAAAGGCGAGGAACCAGCAGAGCAUAUUGAAGACACCACCUCGCAGGUAACACCCAAGGGGCCUAUAUCGGCAUCGGCGCCUCCCAGCAGCGAGCCUCCCGCGUCCGGCUCCGGGGUCGUUGUUGAGAAAGAACUCCAGGUUGAAGAGAAUCAGGAGUGCUAUAUGCCUAAGAAACUCGAAGCGCGUUCCGUGGAGAUUACUGAAACACGAAACCCAGAGGCAACCUCGUGA